GUCGCUUCAAAGAGUUCGAAUCGUGCGGACAAGAUACAGAUACAAGAUACAGAGUGCUCUGUACCAGAAAGUGUUCUAAAGAGAGUCGGAAGACCUAGUGUCGCGUUGCGAGUGAUCGGACCAGGCAGUCUGAAAAAACCAAAAACAAGCCCAACUGCGGCCAAUUGUGAUACCAAAAGUGAGCGAUUCUUCGCCCAGACAAGCAACAAAAACAAAGCCCAAACACAGGCGUCUGGCCAACAGCUGUUUUCCGUGCGCGCUCUCCCGUUAUUAAGUCGGCCCUCUCCGCAUUCAGCAGACUCGCCCCCUCUCCGAGGCGCGCUCACAAACGCCAGCAGCGGCCGGGCAGAGCAGCAAGCAGCCAUCACUCGGUUUCUCGUUUGCCUCAGAUCGCGUUUUUCAUCGGAGUGGUCGAGACGUUCGUUCGGCAGUUCUAUUGCUCUUAGAACUAACAAGUUUUCCUACUCCGCGAACUCACUCCCGCGAGAAAAGAACAGAGCAGAACAGACCCGAAUGAAAAGAGGGACAGAGACAGCUGAGGAAGCAACGGUUAAGCCAGCGAAAAACGGGCUAAAAGACUGAAAAACACACGUGGAUUGUUCACUCACACCCCAAAACAAAACUCACCCACACUCACCCAGCAGCUCCAACUGUUCGCUGCAUUUAUGUAAAACCAAACAAAGACUGAUUAAAACGCUAAAUAAAUAUACAAUAAACGUAACGAAACAAAGUUAAACACGCGAACAGCAGCUAAAUAUUAUACGGGUUAAAGCGAAUUCCAAAGCAAAGCAAAAAACACAUAUGGAUUAAGGUUCCUCCUAUCUCAAAAGCAAAAAACAAAAAUCGAAAACGAAGCAGAUAAAGAAAAAGAAACAACCAACACACACACCACUCACACUCACACACUCACGGAUUACCUGCAGCGGCAAUUUACCGUUAGCCGCUCUUUUUGGAUUACCAGUGCCAAUAAAACCACAAAAGUGAAUUUUUUCGAAAGUGAAGAAAGCGAAAAUAACGCCCGCAAAAUGCUAAAAAUCUGAAUCGAAAAGUAAAUAAGCAACCAAAAGCGAAUUCUGUGUUACCGAAACGAGAGCAAAAGCUAAAGGAGCCCCCGAAAACCAGCAAUGACGAUGGCCGCCUGUUAUGCCAACUACGACAUGUCGUCCCUGUCGCACGGCAUGUCGGCCCUGUCCGCGCUGCAGCAACAGCAGCAACAACAGCAGCAGCAACAGCAGCAGCAGCACAGCCAGUCGCAGCAGCAACAUGGCCAGGCGCAGCAGCAGCAUCACCACCAGCAGCAGCAGCAACACAUGUACCACGCCGCGGUGGCUGCACACCAGCAACAGUUGUUGCAACAACAGCAGCAGCAGCAGCAACAUCACCGCCAGCAACAACUCCAUCAGCCCGCCAACAACAACAGCAACGCCAGCAACUCGCAGCGCCACAGCCACGCGGCGGCGACCCAAACGCAGGUCGCCGCCGCCGUUGCCAACAGCAGACAACAACAACAACAACAGCAGCAGCAGCAGACUGCCGCGAGCAGCAGCAACAACAACGGGAGCAGCAACAACACGGCGCCCGCACCGUCGCCCCAAAAGGACUACAGCAUCCCGUUGCACGUGGACUGCAGUGUGGAGUACGAGCUGCCCAACCAGCCGAAGCCGCCGGCGGGCCAAAGGGUGGAGCCGCUGCUGAUGAUCCACCCCUGCUACUUCCGCAAAAUGGAGUCCCAGCGGCGCAGUCCGUUCGUGAACAACAUGCAUGCCACAGCUCGGGCCGUGAGCAGCAGUUCGCUGAGCAGUGGCGCCGCCUUGGGCGGGGGUGGCAGUGGAUCGGCGGUGGCCUCGGCACCGAGCAGUAGUGCAGUGGUCCGAAGAGCAGCUCGCACCAGCGCCCAGCAGCAGCAACAGCAGCAGCAGCAGGCUCAGCAGCAGCAGCAACAACAGCGCUACCAGCAACAGCAACAGCAAUUGCGACAACAGCACCAGCAGAUGUCGCAAAUGUCACAGCAGGCUCACUAUCCUCAACAACAGUCUAGUCUGGAUGUCCGCCGACAACAACAGCAGCAGCAGCAACAGCAACGUGCCAGCAGCAACCAAAGCCAACGCCAAAGCCAAAGUCAGAGCCAUGCCGCCGCGGCAGCUGCGGCCGUUCAAGCACAGUCGAUUGCCGCUGCAGCCGCCGGGCAGUGGGAUCAGCUUGCUGCCGCCCUGGCCGCACGUACCGCCCUCACGCCCCACCACAUGUUGCACCCCCACAGCCACUACGCGGCCAAGGGGGGCAGUGGGGGCGGCAAGCGGGACGCCAUGAUCUCCGGCAGCAACUACGGCCAGACGGCGGUCGCCUCGGGGAAGCUGCAACAGUCGCAGGUGCAGCAGCAACAGCAACAACAACAGCAGCAACAGCAACACUGCCUGCCUCCUCCGCCCUGGGACGCGACGUCCAUGCUGAUGGACCGCUCGCCGAUGGCCACAGUUCCUAGCAAUUAUCAGGCCGGCCCUGACACCAAUCCCAUGCGCCUCUACUCGGCCACGCCCACCGCCGGAGCGGCCUCCGGUGGCUCGGCGUCGGUGGGCGGAGGCGGGGGUGGGGCUGUGAGCGGUGCAGGGGCGACGGGAGCGGUGAACACGGCCACGGACAAGUUGAGCGGAAAGUACCGCCAGUAUCUGCGGUCCCAGCGGAUGCAUCCCUAUGCUGCGGCCGCUUCGCUCAACAUGGCUGCCGCCGCUGCCGCUGGACAAACCUCUUUUGUGCCGUUCAGUUCGGCGGCCACGGCGGUCUCGGCCACGCCCACAUUCCAGCACCUGCCCCAGAUCUCCUGCUACAACGUGUGAUGCGGCAGAGGCAGCAACAAGGACAACGGCAACAUCAGGAGCAGAAGCAGCAACAGGAGCAACAGGAGCAACAGGCAACUUGCAACACAUGAGACAGGCGCCUACCAAGUACGCGUCGAUGAAAUAGCCGCCUCAAGGAAUAACCAAUAGAUCCUCCCCCUAAACAGUACUAUAUAUACACACCCCCUCAAAGCUUUUAGAAUCAAAAGUAAUUAACUCUAAAAAAUAUUAAGAGAUGAAAUUCAAUUCUGUUUAGCUGCUAUGAGAAAUUGUUGUCCGACGGUGAAAAAGAGGAAACGAGCGAUCUUUUUUUCUUUUUUAGUAAUGGUAGUAAUUGAUAAACGAUACAAAAACAAACAACAACAAAAUGCAAACUAUUGUAGUGAUAUUUGUUAUAAAAUAAUUUUAGUAAUUAAUUUAAUUUAAAUUAAACAACCAACAAGAAACAACAACAACAACAACCGCUCUGUGUAAACCAACAACAUCAACAAUAACAACAACAACAACGGCAACAACAUCCAACCAAACAACAAUUGCUAAAAAUUACACAUACGCAUAUUUAAUUAAAAAUCAACAAAAUGUUAUAACAAACCAUUUACUGAAAGAAUAUAAAAAUAUGAAAAGCAAAAAUGAUUACCGAACGAUGAAGAGAAGGAGGGUAAAGCAGAAAAAAGCAACACAAAAAAUACGAAUAAAAAUUAUUCAAAAUUAUGCAACGUAAUUUGAAGCGAGAUAUGCAAAAAUUAA